AUGAGCCACGGUGAGCGCAGCGGGUGCCCGUGGCAGGGUCUGGGGUCCAUCUGGGAGCAGCUCCCCCAUCAGCCCCAAAGGCGAACCCCAAGUAACCUUCUUGUAGAGAGGACAGACAGCAGCCCCUCAUCUGAGGCCUCGCCGCCCUCCCAGCUGAGCACCAUCGCCCUGGAGGACCUGGGGCUCCUGGAGGAAGAGCUGGCCAGCCCCGAGCCCCCGAGUCUGGAGGAGGUCUUGGAGAAUGAUGCGUGCAGCCGCCUGCUGUCCGACGCCUCCAACCUGGAGCAGGGCACCCCGAAACGCUGGAAGCAGCUAGAGCAGUGGGUAGCCGACCUGCAGGCCGAGGUGGCGUCCCUGCGGGGACACAGGGCCCGCUGCGAGCAUGCCACGCUGAGCCUGCUGCGGGAGCUGCUGCAGGUGCGGGCCUGCCUGCAGCUGCAGGACACACAGCUGAAGAGGCUGCAGCUGGAGGCGCGGCAGGCAGCUCCAGCCCCCGAGAAGGAGGACAUCCAGGUGGGGAGUCAGCAGAACCAGAUGCAGGCUCUGGACAAGAGGCUGGUGGAAGUCCGGGAGGCUCUAACCCAGAUCCGGAGGAAGCAGGCACUCCAGGACUCUGAGCGGAAGGGUGCCGAGCAGGAGGCCAGCCUCAGGCUGUCCGAGCUGACCGGGAAGCUGAAGCAGGAGGAGCAGGACCGUGAGGUGGCCUGUGGGGCCCUGCAGAAGAGCCAGGAGGAGGUGGGCCAGAAGGUGGACCACGAGGUGGCCAGGAUGCAGGCCCAGAUGACCAAGCUGGGGGAAGAGAUGAGCCUCCGCUUCCUCAAGAGGGAGGCCAGGCUGUGCGGCUUCCUGCAGAAGAGCUUCCUGGCCCUGGAGAAGAGGAUGAAGGCCUCAGAGAGCGCGCGGCUGCGGGCGGAGAGCGCCCUGCGGGAGGAGCUGGAGGGCAGGUGGCGGCAGCUGCAGGAGCUGGACACGGAGCGCGUGCGGGCCCUGCAGGGGCAGUGCCAGGAAGAGUGCCACCUCCUGGAGCAGUGCCGGGGCCUGGACAAGGCCGUGGUCCAGCUGACCGAGUUUGUGCAGCAGAACCAGGUGUCGCUCAACCGCGUCCUGCUGGCCGAGCAGAAGGCCUGGGAUGCCAAGGGGCAGUUGGAGGACAGCCGGGCUGGGGAGCUGGCCACCUACCUGCAGGAGAACCUGGAGGCCAUGCAGCUGGCCAGCGAGCUGGCCCAGCAGGAGAUGCACGGCGCCCUGGAGCUGCUCCGAGAGAAGAGCCAGGCCCUGGAGGUGUCCGUGGCUGAGCUGGUCAGGCAGGUGAAGGACCUGAGUGACCACUUCCUGGCCCUGAGGUGGCGGCUGGACCUGCAGGAGCAGACGCUGAGCAUGCGGCUGCAGGAGGCGAGUAAUGAGUGGGCGGUCGCAGAGCAGCGGUGGCGGGAAGGCCUGACACGGUGUCGAGAGGAGGCGGAGGCGCACCUGCGGGAGGUGCAGGAGCAAGUGGACCAGCUGCCCCAGCAGAUAGAGGCUGUCACCGACAAGUGCGUGCUUCACAAGAGCGACUUGGACUGCAAGAUCUCUGCCGAGGCCACAGCCAGAGAGCUGGCGGUCGAGGCCGUGAGGCAGGAGCUGGCUGCCCUGCUGUCCUCCGUGCAGCUGCUCAGAGAGGGCAACCCCGGGCGCAAGAUCGCCGAGAUCCAGGGCAAGCUGGCCACGUUUCAGAACCAAAUGAUGAAAUUGGAAACCAGCAUCCAGGACAACAAGACCAUCCAGAAUCUCAAGUUUAAUACAGAAACCAAGCUGCGUGCAGAGGCAAUGGCCACCCUGCAGGAGAGCGUGCUGCGCCUGUGGAGUGAGGAGGGCCCCUGGGCCCCGACGCUGAGCAGCAGGAGGGGCCCCAUGUCCCUGGGGCGGCAGCAGCUCUUCGUCAAGGACGUGGCCCCCAACGACGUGGUCCCUGUGAAUCACUGGGGCGUGUAUCAGGCUGUGAGGUGGCUACAGUGGAAGACGGCUCUCAUGAACCUGGCAGCCCGGCAGACUCCCAGGAGCGUGGCCUUGGAGAAGCCCCUUGGCCAGAAGCCUGCCUGCCGACUCUCGUCCCUGCCUGUUCCCCAGAAAUAAAUGUGCCCGCCCCAU